CGAGGAAAAGGCGUUUCCACGUCCCCAGCUCUCUCUUCCACAGUCGCGGACACAGACGCGGACACGAAGGGACCCACUCUUUCUCCUGUCUGUCUCAUUGUCCUCAAACACUGACUGUCAUUCCUUCACGUCACCCGCGUGUCUCCCCCCCAUCUCCCGCUGCCACUUUCAUCCACUGCCGCGUCUCCCACGCGCAUGAACCAGACUCUGGUCCAUCAUCAUCAUCGGAGAAUCCACGCGCGGACGCACGGACACAGUGGACUUUAUUAUUAUUAUUAUUUCUGCAGCUUCCUCCUGAACCCGCACACACACUCACAGAUCUGCUGCUGCUGCUGCUGCCUGUGACACCCACUGGAGAUUAUCUCCACGCAAACUCCCGCAUCACUCUCUGCGUGUCUGACGCACUUCACUGCGCUGUGGAACAUGGCGGAGUACAGCUCUCUGCUCAGCGACCUGUCUGAAAACAUCACCAACGAGGACCUGGAGCAGCUCAAGUCGGCCUGCAAGGAGGACAUCCCCGAGGACCAGAGCAACAACAUCACCUCGUCCAAGGAGUGGUUCAGCUACCUAGAGAAGAACGACAAGUUGGCCCACGAUAACCUGUCAUACAUCGAGCACAUCUUUGAGAUCUCGCGGCGACCGGACCUGCUGACGAGGGUGAUCGAGUACCGCACCACCGUGCUCAAGAUCUCGGAGGAUGACGAGAUCGACACUAAACUCACACGCAUCCCCUCGGCCAAGAAAUACAAAGACAUCAUCCGCCAACCCUCUGAAGAUGAGAUCAUCAAGUUGGCCCCGCCCCCUAAGAAGGUGUGAGGUCAUGACCCGCCCCCCAGUCCUGACCUUUUCAACUUGAUUUCUUCACUCCUGGCACUCUGAUCAACCAAGCGACCAUUUUCUGACCAACCCUGUUACACCCCCGCUUCUCACACACACACACACACACACACACACACACACCUCCUCCCUGCACUAACACACACACCACAGCACAGAAACACACAGGAGGUAGCCACCUACCUACGGACCAACCAAUCAGAUUGUAGCGAUGCGGCCUCUUCCCAAGCUGAAGGAAGACGGGAAGACGCAAUGGGGAUUAAAAAAAAUAAAAUAAAUAAGACAAUAGAAGAAGAAGAAGAAAUCUGAAAAUGGAUUUGACAGUUUGUGUUUGAGAGAAAAAGAGAGUGUGAGUACGAUUUAAAUGCUCAGUUCACAGCCAGUGGGCUCUGUAAACACUGUUCCCACUGUGACGACGUGUUUAAGCAUGAGUGCGUUUGUGUGUCGAGGCUGUUACAGUGAGAGCGACGACCACCCGUUUGAUACAAAACAACAAUGAAAUGGCAAAAGUUUUACCCUUGUAAGAAAAAUGUCACACAAAAAAGCUGACGGGUAAGCAAAUUUAGAUGUGUAUUUACAACCACGACUAACAUGAUUCAGCAGUUUUUUUUCUUUUCUUUGAAACUAAAACGUCAUAAUAAGACAGGUAAAACAAAACAAACACAAAGUUUUUAGGUUUAGGUGAGUAAAGCUAAUAUCUCAAACUCAUUUCUAACACCUACUUUAGCAUUUUGCUACAUAUUUGUUUAGGUGUGUUAGUAAAUGACAAAGGAAAAGUUCAGUAUUUAGGGAAAUAUGCAAAUCAGCUAAACUCAAGCUAGCAGGAGGCUACUGGAGCCUGUGUUUUGUUAUAAUUUGCUUUUUGUACGUAUUAAAUAAUAGGUGUGUUGUGUUAAUUGUAGAACUUUUGAUCGAGUCAGGCUGUUUCCUGUCUCUGCGUUUAGCUGCCCUUUAGCAAACGAUGAGAAAAACAACAAGCAUGUCGGGGCAUAUUUCCCCAAAUGUUUAGCUUUUCCUUUAAACCCGAACCCAUAUCGUUUAGAAAACAUUACCGUCAUCACGUUGCCAUAUUGUGUAUAUGGAACAAAAUUGACAAGAAAGGUUGCUAUACAUGUCUUGGCUAGCCGUUCUAUACGCAUUCCCUUUACUCUGGCGUAGAUAAUUAUAUCUGUUCAUGGAGCAAAUGUAUUUUAGAGGAAGAUAUUUAAAGUAAAUUUUCAUAGAAGCCAAUAUUUGCCUUUAGCUGUUUAGCUUAUAGCCAUUGCAAGAGUUAUUUAAAGAAAACAUUAAGCUGGAAAUGUUACAGCAGUUAUACCACGGACACUCAUUCCCCCUAAGUGUUUUUCCUUUAAAUAAAGGGGACUGUGGAAAUCUGCUUAUACAUGUAAAUACACAUAUAAUAUAUUAAAUACAAUAUGGCAGAAAUAAUAUAUUAUACCUGCGUUCCACAGCUAAUCUUCACUGUCGUCCAGUUUCACCCAUUCAUCUGCGUUGGACUGCAUUGGAGAAUAUAAAAGUAUAUUUUGAGAGAAUAUAUCCAGUGUUAUAUUUAGAGCGAACGUGUCGCAUUACGUGACAAAGUAAGAGACAAAUAUUACCGUUGCUUUAACCCUUGUUUUUUUUAGUAUUAUUAUUGCCAUUUCAUUUGUUGCACAGAAAAUAACCAGUGUGUGGUUUUCCUUUCAAAGAAGGCUUGUGGAAA